ACAAUCACUUUUAAUAAAUACGAUAAACACAGUAUGCUGCCUUAUAAGCACCAAAGGUUGAUUUAGACUUGAUAAACACCAAGUGAAACUGUACAUUCCGUCUAUACACAGGAAGAAACAAAUACACACAUAUAAUUUAUACUACAUAAACUUAAGUAUUGAAGUUACUGAGUGCAUUCCGUACGAGGUCAAUAUUUCUUGUACAUAUUAACGGUUGGCGUCAUCGUUGGAACGAAAGUAGCACGCGCAGUUGUUGUGUUUCUCAUAGGCCCGCCCAUUUAAUAUCAAAAUGCUGUCCCGCCUUCAGGACUUUUUCACACGCCACCGUCGCAAGUUUAUCGUCACGGGCGUGGUAGUUGGUGGAACUAUUGCGGCAGCACGCUAUGCGAGGCGAAAGCUUUUGGAGUUUCAGGAGCGACAGGCGCGGGAAUUCUUUGAACGCACCCGACGAAUGCAACACUUCGAAUCUACAGAGCGCACAUGUAACCAAGUAAUACUUGGAAUGGGGGAGGAGAUGUGCCAGGCCAUACUUCGCGAGUGCAGCACGGACGAUCUAUUGGAGCAACUGCGUCAAAAUCCUAGCAAUAAGGUGGAGCUGUGGGAGCAAAUGAAAAUUGUAUCAUUCACACGACUGACAACUUUCGUUUAUGCUUCGUCUAUGCUGGUUAUUGCAUUACGGGUCCAGCUCAACCUUCUGGGCGGAUACAUUUAUCGAGAUAUCAUGUCGGAACAGCAAAAGAUUAAUGACGACCUUAAGCAACAGUACCUGUCCCUCAUACGGCAUUUUAUUGCAGAUGUCGGUAUACGUGAGUUGGUACGGUACAUACGCAGUAAAGUAGUCGAGGUGCUCAGCUCCAUGUCACUGACUCGGCAGCUUACUUUAUCGGAUACUGAACAAAUAUUUUGGUCAUUGCAAAUGGCCAUUAACGGAGACACUCGUCACGAUCCCAACUCAAGGAUGAGUAAAUAUUUGCUUCCUGCAUUAAGCAGACUGAAUCAGCAACCAUCACCGACACUACAAAAAAUGUACAACGAAACGCUAGACCUUCUUGAGUGCGAGGAUGUGAUCUCGGUUUGUGUGCACAAUGUGAGUAGAGGCUUUGUGCUAGCAUGCGAUGCUAUCGCUGAGGCAAUGGGCGAUACCCUGCAGCAUCUAGCACCUGGCGAGGUGCAGCAACAGCAGCCUUUCAAGUCGAUUAACAACAACGGAAACAACAAUAACCUUUUAAACAUAAACAACGUGCUUUUGGCACUUGCGAAACUUAUACCGAUCAUAAGUGGUCUCACAUCACGUGGCUAUGAUAGCGGAGCGCGGCCACACAAUUUACCAACACAGCUGCUAACGUUUUAUGUGGUGGCUGAGAAGUCUAAAACUUUGGGUGCCAAUGUCUACGAAACAUUCAGCUCGGGUUAAGCUUAGUAAAAAAUUAGCAUAGUAUUAAGCUACAUAUUUGAUACAAAAUAGCAAGUACGAACGAUAUACAUAUGUAUGAAUGUUUAUUUUCUUAAGCAAACAAAACGUGCUUUAAUUUGGAGAGGAAUGAAUUUAGAAUUAAAUUGA